AGGGAUAUAGCCUGAGGAAGAUGAUGUGAAGAGCACGAAGGGCCGAAAGGAGAGAGGGGGGACAGGCGCGAUAAAGCCGCAGCAUCCUCUGUUUGCGCGUUCUGCUGCUCUGCUUCCCCUGGCCUCCUUGACAGUCGCCAUGGUCAAAGUACCUGCCCUCCCUCUCCUGUUGGCCCUGGUGGAAUGGGUGGGGCCGGUCGUCUCCUCUCCUCACCUCUUGCUCCGGCCUCGAGAGCGGGAGCGAGACCCGGUGGCGUCGAUGCACUUCAACAUUGCGGUGAUCCACGCGGGCUCCGUGGCUCAGGAAGAGGCGGGGGUGUCAGCGGCCGGAGGCAGGGUGCUGUACCCGGGCUUCGGACAGGUGCACAGCAGCUUCGGAGAAAGCGUCGUCACCCAGUGGGGCUCUGCUAAUGUCAUCUGGCUUAAGGUGAACGACAGCAGUCCCAGAAGCCUCCUCUCCCAGCUCUGUGACCUGUUGGCAUCAAGGCCCCUGCAAGGACUGGUGUAUGAGGAUGAGCGGCCCCUCCCUCUGGCAUCGGGCCUGCUGGCCCCCAUGCUAGAAUUCGUUUCAGCCCAGACUGGCCUUCCUAUUGUGGCUGUGGGAGGAGGAGCGGGAUUGGGGAGAGUGCCACAGGAAAGCGGCUCGAUCUUCCUGCAGUUCAGCGCCUCCACCGCUCUCCAGCUGGAAGUGAUCUUUGAGGUGCUGGAGGAGUACGACUGGACGGCCUUCUCGGUGGUGUCCACGCGUCACCAUGGUUAUCAGGACUUCCUGUCCGUGGUUGAGGGCUUCACGGACGACUCCUUUAUCGGAUGGGAGAAGAAAAGCAUAGUGAUGCUGAAUUUAACAGAUGACCCGGGUGGGAUUCGUACACGUAGACUGCUGAAGGAGAAUGAAGCUCAGGUCCGGCUGCUGUACUGCUCUCAGGAGGAGGCCGAGCAGGUGUUUCAUGCAGCGUGGGCUGCUGGACAGGCCGGAGCAUCUCAUAUGUGGUUCGCCGUGGGUCCGGCGCUGUCCGAGCUGGGCGUGAGCGGUCUGCCCAACCGCCUGUUCGCAGUGAGGCCGCAGGGCUGGAGAGACGAGGCGCGGCGGCGUAUCGCCCGUGGCGUGUCUGUCCUGACACAUGGGGCUGUGGCCAUGCGCAAGGACUACGGUGCCACUGGUGGGCCUCACUUCGUCACCAACUGCCAGACAGACGGGAACAGGACGCAGAGGAUUCGGGGGAGGAUGAAGUAUUUCAGUAACAUCACUCUGGGCGGGAGGGACUACAGCUUUAACAACGAUGGCUACCUGGCUAAUCCCUUUUUAGACGUCAUCUCCUACACCCCCGGGACUGGCUGGGGAGACGUAGGAUCGUGGGAGAACGGUGUGCUACACUUGCAGAACCCGGCCUGGUCCAGGUACGGACACUUCCUCCAGCCGCCCGACGAUGCCCAGCACCUGAGGGUUGUCACGCUGGAGGAGAGGCCCUUCGUGAUAGUGGAGCUGGCCGACCCCGCUUCAGGAACCUGCAUCAGAGAUUCUGUACCCUGCCGACGACCUCUCAAUGCCACGUCUCAUCAGGAAGGGGUGGCGCCCAUCAAACAGUGCUGCAAGGGCUUCUGCAUCGACAUCCUCAAGCGCCUGGCCAGGAUCGUCGGCUUCACCUACGACCUCUACCUGGUGACCAACGGAAAACACGGGAAGAAGAUCGACGGCGUAUGGAACGGCAUGGUGGGAGAGGUGGUGUAUAAACGUGCAGACAUGGCUAUCGGCUCACUCACAAUCAACGAGGAGAGGUCAGAGGUCAUUGACUUCUCUGUGCCAUUCGUGGAGACCGGGAUCAGCGUCAUGGUGUCCCGUAGUAACGGCACGGUCUCACCUUCCGCCUUCCUCGAGCCGUACAGUCCUGCUGUGUGGGUGAUGAUGUUCGUUAUGUGCCUGACUGUGGUAGCGGUGACCGUCUUCAUCUUUGAAUUCUUCAGUCCGGUCGGGUACAACCGCAGUCUGCAGAACGGCAAGAAAGCUGGAGGCUCAAAGUUCACCAUUGGAAAGUCUAUCUGGCUGUUGUGGGCUCUGGUCUUCAAUAACUCAGUGCCUGUGGAGAACCCCAAAGGAACCACCAGUAAGAUCAUGGUGCUGGUCUGGGCUUUCUUUGCUGUCAUCUUCCUGGCCAGCUAUACUGCCAACCUGGCCGCCUUCAUGAUUCAAGAGGAAUAUAUCGACACUGUUUCUGGCCUUAGUGACAGGAAGUUUCAGCACCCUACAGAACAAUACCCACCUUUAAAAUUCGGAACAGUCCCAAACGGCAGCACUGAGAAGAAUAUCCGCAGUAAUUACCCAGACAUGCAUCAAUACAUGGUGAAAUACAACCAGAAAGGAGUGGAGGAGGCCAUCACUAACCUAAAGACGGGUAAACUGGAUGCGUUUAUCUAUGAUGCCGCAGUGCUGAACUACAUGGCUCGUAAGGACGAGGGCUGUAAAGUGAUGACUAUAGGCUCUGGAAAAGUGUUCGCUACCACGGGCUACGGCAUCGCCCUCAUCAAAAACUCUCGCUGGAAACGUCCACUAGAUCUGGCCCUGCUGCAGCUGGUGGGAGACGAUGAGAUCGAGAUGCUGGAACGCCUCUGGCUGUCGGGAAUCUGUCACAACGAUAAGAUUGAGGUGAUGAGCUCCAAGCUGGACAUUGAUAAUAUGGCGGGAGUGUUUUACAUGCUGCUGGUAGCCAUGGGUCUGAGUCUGCUGGUGUUUGCCUGGGAGCACCUGGUCUACUGGAGGCUUCGGCACUGCAUGAGUGGCAUGGGCCAGUCUGGCAAACUGGACUUUCUUCUGGCUUUUAGCAGGGGAAUGUACAGUUGCUGUAGCUUUGAGGACGAAACUGCACAAGGUGGAACCAAGGUCACUAUUGCUUCUCACCCCCUUUCCUCUGUAGUGUCAGUCCCUCCUUCAUCUCACGUUGUCACAUCAGCUGUCGUCAACCAAGCCAUCGCCAUGGUGGCGCAGCCACAGCAGCAACAGCAACAUCACACCCCACAGCCUCCACAGACCUACAAAUCUCCACUCCCUGGCUCUCCUCCUACCAUUUUGCAUACUGCAGCAUCUUUAGGGACCUCCACCACACCACUUAUGGGUGCCCCUCUUCCAUGCUCUACAUUUUUGCCCCGCCCAGAUCGCAGACUCGCUGUAGUGGACCGCUGGAGACUUCCCAAAACUGCUAGUGCUACGACACCCAUGAACCUCAGGGGGGGUAUCUCUGACAUGGGGCCCUUCCCACAAAAGGUGGCUCCAACGUGGGCAGGCGGUGCGGCUACUGGUAGUGGUCUAGAUGGAUAUAAGCGCUACUAUGGCCCUAUUGACCCUGAAGGCUUGGGACCAUGUAUGGAUCAACAGACAGGAUCUCAGACUCCAAAAUCAGCACCUAGGAACCACCAGCCACCUCCACCAGCAAGCAUGUCUUACUACCAAGAAAAGGGCAGGGACCAUGGGGUGGGGAAGAAGGUGGGAGUGUGUACUGGUGGAGGAGGUCAGGGGAAGGGAGCAAAGUCUGUGGCCACUCCUAGGUUGCCUCCAAAAAGUCAGACUCCAGCCCCACUUCCACCUAACCCCCCAUUGCAGCACCCCUCUCCCCCUCUUCCCUCAUCCCUCUGGAGAAGGAGAAGGUCCAAGAAGUCAAAAGAGCUUGGUGGUCCAUUGUAUGAAAACAUUUUGCCCCUGGGGCGGAGAGGAGGUGGAAGGGACACGGGUCAUAGAGCUAGAUUAUCCCCUCCUCUUCCCAUCCCAGUACCUUUAACCAUCUCUCCAACUUUCAGUCCACCAUCUCCAUCUCUCUCACUCCCUUACACCUCCACGUCAUCCUCCUCCUCCAGUACAAGUUCCUCUACAACAUCCUCGGCCACGUCUUCCCGCUCCACCUCUCCCUCAACCACUUCCAGCACCACCUCACGCAGCUCCAGGGGGAGAGAGGCAGAAGAAGAGGAAGAAGAAGAUCUGGAUGAGCUGACCGAGGAGUCAAGUCUUCUGCAGGGACACAACCGAAACAGAGAGCAUUCGAUCCUUUCCCCCAGAUCCCUUACUCAAGGUCCACCACCACCACCCGUUCCUCCUCGCAAGCCCCGUGGCCCAUGUGGAGAGCGUGAACGAGAAAGGGAGGGUGGCAGACAGAGGGAGAGGGGCAGCAGCCAGCUCAGUCAGCUUCAGGAGUGGUGGGCAGGCUGGGCAGAACGUGAGAGGGAACGGAGUGGAGGAGGAUCCUGUGAUACCGAACGAAAGAGGGAAAAGAAGCGACAAAAAGAGCGGGAUAAAGAGAAAAAGAAGAAGAAGAAGAACAAGAAAAGGAAGAAGAGGGAAGAGCGGGAGAGGGAGAGGGAGCGCAAGCGUCGGAAGGUGAAGAAGAAGAAGAAGGCGAUGAAGACAAAGAAGAAGAAAAAGGUAUUGGCCGGCAAGCGGUCAGAGCCAGAGGAUGGUGAUGCAGAGAUAGAAAGAGAUGGAGAUGGUGAUGGGGAUAGAGAAGGAGAGUACUCCUCCUUCUCCACACAGUACCGCAACACAUUUGGAGAGAAGGGAAGUCUCUCAGCUUGGGAAGGAGAAAGGGACAGAGCAAGAAGAGAAGGGGAGAAUGCAAGAGAUGAUCAAGAUGAAGAGAGUGGAGGAGGUCGGAGCAGAGAAAGACGUGCGAAGGGCACCAACAGGCGACACAGACCAACCAGCAAACGCUACCCCAAUCUCAAUAAGCUCCCUGCAUCUGUCAAAUUCUGGAUUAGUGGAGGGGGCACAGAAGUGUCUGGAGGCUCUCCUCCUGCAUCGUUUCACACACUUUUCCCGUCAACCAAACGUCGGAGGAGUAGUGGGGCAGAGAGAGACGUAGAAGCGAAGGGAGGAGAAAGACGGCCGUUGCUUAUGCACUACGAAAGGAACCGGGCACACACUCGAGAGGGCUUGUCUUUCCACGAAUGGGACUCGGAGGACGAAAAGGAAGACGGUGAUGAUGAGGAUGAACGGGAAAGGGAGCGAGAGAGAGAGAGGGCAGAGGAAGUAGUGAGGAGAGCAGGUGGAAGGGGGGCUGUAUCCGAGUCAGAGAGAGAUCGAGUUCAAGCAGAGGAGAGUUAUUCUGAUGAUGGCUCCUCAGGAGAGUUCGGGCGUUUCGAGAGGUACUGGGAGGGCAAUGGGCCAGGUGGGGCCAGUGGGAUUGGUGGGGGAGGGUGGUUUUUUGGAACUUACCCUGCCCGAGAGAAAGGGGGAAGUAUCAAUAGCAGAGAUGAUUCCAUACUGGGGCGAAACGAAGGGUUAAGUGGGGGAGAUUAUUGGAGCUCAGGAACAGGGGUUGGCUGGGGAUCCGGGGGAGGGAGUGGUGGGCUUGGAUCACAGUGGCCACCUUUUCCCACAUCAUUACCACCACCUCGGCGCUAUUGGUCGGUUGAUAAGCUCCCUAUGAAGGGUGAGAAACGUGGUCACAACAUGUCAAAGGGCAAAAACCAGCGGGCUCGAGACAGGCAACAGCAUAGGGAAGCAUGCUCGUACACACAGACCGGCCGCAGCAGAGCUCCCUCUCGGACCAAACGAAGUGGUGCCACCUCCCGAAGCCAAGAGGAACUGCUUCCCCACUGCCACAGCCUCAGUGGGGGUUCCCGGCCUAAACUCCCCACUAAACCCGAGACUGCCAAAUCCGGCAGCCAGUCAAACCUCAACACUCAGCAAGCCCAUCAUUCAGAUAAAGCGCCCUCCCCUACCAAGCCCAUACUCCCCUCUCUCCCGACAGCCUCCUCCCCUUCGUCUCUCCCUGUGCCCAUCCCACCCCCAGCUUCUUCUGCAUCCAUGUCUCCGCCACCAGUUCUGUCUCCCGGUACUACCAAAAGCCCCUCUCAGUCGAUGAGUUCCAGCGCUAAGCAACAAUACCAGAGACUUCGCUCCGUACCCCAGCCUCAGCGUUUUUACUCACCCCACCUGCCACUCAAAGCCAAGAGCCUGUGCUCGCGGCGUGGCUCGGCUCAUUUCUCCAGCCUGGAGAGCGAGGUAUGACACGGGGCUUCGCUGCUGCGCGUGUGUAUGAGCACUGUGGUAAGAUGCAAAUGGACCGUGACGCACAUACACGCGUCGCACCAGGAUCAAGGCAGUAAUGACAACUGCCCUGACAGUGCCAGGGGACGGGGCAGCGGCAAUUGUGACGCAGCGAGGGAUGAGUCAGAUGAGUUCACUUCCCUCCCCA